AUGGUCAAAAUAAUAUUAAUCGUCUGCGGCUUUUUAUGCCUGCAAGUAGCUGCUGAAGUGAACUUAAGCGACAAACUGUUAAGAGAAAACUCGCAGGAAAAUGUUAUAUUCUCACCAUUUGCUGCGGGCGUAGGCUUGUCUAUGAUCCUGAUGGGUGCUGGUGGAAAAACUGCCGAGCAAUUACAAACUGCUCUUAACUUUGGCGAUGUGAAUAGGCUGGAAAUUGCUGCUCACUAUAAAGCUCUUCUGCAGUCCUUAAAAUCGAAGAGGGAAAUGGAUCCCAAGAUAAAUGUGGCCUCAGGCAUUUUUGUGAGCGACAGGUUCAGGCUGAACCCCGCCUUUAAUGAAAUCAGUAGAAACUACUUUGGUGCAGAAGCACAGUCCAUUAGUUUUCAUACACCACAAAAUGCGGCUAAGACGAUCAACUCUUGGGUGGCCUCGAGAACAGAUAACAUCAUUAGGAAUAUCGUUUCGCCCAUUCAAAUUAAAUCUACGACUGAGAUGUCCAUUUUAAAUGCUGUCCAUUUCAGUGGGUAUUGGGCCAGUCCAUUCGAUCCAGAUGAAACACAACUAGGAGAUUUCUAUAUGACCAAAACAAACAAAGUACCUGUUGAAAUGAUGAAUCAAAUAGCUGGAUUUAACUUUGCUGACUUGGCCAAUUUGAAAGCAACGGGUGUACAAAUGAGAUACCUGAAUUCCCCCAUCUCAAUGUGGAUUUUUAUGCCAAAUGAAAUCGACAAAUUCGGACAGAUGGAGUCGCAGCUUAUAGCUUCUGAGUGGAAUAAAAUAACAGCACAAUUUUCUACGCGCCAAGUGAAUCUAACUCUGCCAAAGUUUAAGUUUGACUUCGAUGUAGACAUGGUUCCCCAUUUAAAGGAAGCGAUUCACAAAGCGAUUAUUAAUGUAAAUGAAGAGGGCACUGUAGCAGCCGCUGCAAAUGACAACUCAGGAGGUGUACUUUGGCGGGAUCUCCAACAAUUUGAUGUAAAUCGACCUUUCUAUUUCGUCAUACGGAGCGAUCAAACGAUCUUGUUCGAAGGACAUGUUGUUAAAUUUUAA